CCCAGAUCAACACCAGCUCGCGUCAAUCUCACCUGCUCCCAUCAUAACUGCUCUCAUCUCCUCUGUCGUCCCCGUAUUUCAAGUCUGCCGGCAUGAACAGUUACGAACAUCUAGAGAUCCAAUACCCAUGGUCUCAGUAUGCCCCGCCCAUAUCCGCACAUGCCGGAUCAUUGCCACGUUCCUUGUCGCCAUGGUCCGACGACACUCCAUUCGUUGAGCGUGAACAAACUAUUUGCUCCGAUUUCACAUGUUGCGGGUUGUCCCUUAGAGACCUUCACUCAUUGGUGGAUCACUUUGAGGAAGCACAUGUUGUGGUGUUCGACAGCGCCGGGAAUGCUGUGUACCCGAACCCUAGCCCGAUACUGCGCUUUUUAGAUCACGAGAGCGAGGGACCUUAUAUGAGUUUUGUGUUGGGUUAUCCUGCACCAAGGGCUCCAGUGGCGUUUCUUGACCCGGAAUUUUGUUUCGAUUCGGUAUCAGAUUGGUCUUCGCCCUCUAUCUCAGAGCCGAUCAGUCCCGUAGAGACGAGUUCAGAAGAAUUUCUACCACAAAACUCGUUCACCAAGGUGAAGAGCAAGCCGGUUCGCACUGGAAAACGGGUCCAUCGACCUCGUCUACGAAAAAAAGACAAGACGUAUAACUGUCCCCGUCCUGAUUGCACCAAAACGUACUUGAACGCAAACGGGUUGAAAUAUCACCUCGAGAAAGGAACUUGUAAAAAUGAGAUGCCGAUGCCGGAGUUCUACCGCUAGUCCGAGGUAAGCCAAAGUCCACC